AUGACGGAAAUAUAUGUCCUAAGUGCCCGAANASUCUUUCCAAUUGUUGCGACAAUACUUAUUCUUCCAAUACGAAAAAUUGAAGUGGAAGCAAAGACAACCCCGCUCAUUGACUUGAUGGACGAGAGAUGGGUCAAUGUAGUUGUGUAUUUCAUCGCAUUUCUCGUGAUCUGUUCUGUUUGGGAAUCGCAUGUCAACAGAUUUCGUAUCCUUUCUCAUGUGGACGACAUAUUAGUUUGGUUSAAUCUGGCUUCMCUUUUGUUUGUAUGUUUUCUCCCAUUUACCUGCAAUCUGGAGGGAACGUUUUACCUAAAAUACACACCGAUUAUCCUGAUAUGUUGUGACCUCUUGAUCCUAGAGCUGCUUGAGAUCGUUAUUAUAUUCUACAGUUUCAGCAACGCGGAGCUUUUAACACAUGAAAUAUUAGAGUUGCCAGAAGACCAACAGCGGGAGCAAAGAAACUACAUGCUACUCAAGAAGRUAGUCAAUCCUUGUUUGUUCAUUUUGUCUGCAAGCCUGAGUCUUGUCCAGAAAGAAGUUGCAUGGGUACUUCUUGGUAUAGUUAUCAUCUCUCCUUGCAUCCACCGUUUUCUUGGAUUCUUGUUUCGCCAUAUCAUGAACAUUCGYAUGGGKAGAGUUGACUUUGAUCGCAUGUUUGGAAACCAUAUYGACACUGAACGUGUAGAGUGUUUCAGUGAUGGUGCUUUUGCAAUAGUGGCAACACUCCUUGUGUUAGACAUUACAGCUGAGGAUUUUCCAAMCAAGGAAGAAGUUGCAAAAGAUGGGAUUGAAAGAUGCUUGUUACACAUGUGGAGGCAGUUCUUGACAUUUGGCGGCACUUACAUUGUGGUUGCUCUACUAUGGUUUGUCCACCAUUCCUUGUUUCACUACAUCAAAAACAUGAAUCAGGUCAUGCUYGUAUGUAACAAUAUUUCCCUGGCAUUCAUGGGUUUGACUCCUUUAGUUUCAGCAGUCAUAAAUAGGUAUGGUGGUGAUGAAAGCACWGAUGACGAUGAGAUUCUUGCUGUUCGCUUCAGUUCAGCUGUGGUGUUUGGUGCCAGCAUUGCCCAGGGUUUAGUUUUUGUUGUUGCAUUAAUCAAAGGAACAGUUCUCCUAACCACUGAAGCCAAUCCAAGAAUGUCUCCAAGAUCUCAUAACUACUUAGCGGCAAAGAUGUGCGUUCUCCCACUGGUUAGUGCUGUUGUAUAUUUCACCAGCUUUUCUACAGCGUAUGCGACUUAUAUUGUGUACCACUCAGCAUUCCUUGCAACACCAAUUUUAUUCAUCAUUCUUAAAGUUGGUUUUGGUCGAGGCUCAAAUAACAUGACAAUGGACAUCCCAAUUUCUGCUCAGGCRGAUGACAUUGGUCAAUGGGCUCCACCUUCUAAUCGUAGACCAAGAGCUUCUAGAGCCAAGCAAGUUGCUGUGUAGACUAAGAAUGACUGAAAACUAGUGAUGAGCUUCAACAUGKGAGAAUACAUUGGAGUACAUAGAAAUUAGACAUUACAAUAAGGUUAACUGUUCCUGUAUAAGUCUGCAUUACAACAACAAGAGUCGUGUUUGACAAAUUUGUGGUUUUGUAAGCAUUUUUGAUUGGGUAAACAAAUACCAUGGUUACCAUUUGGCAUUUGGUUGGUUUCAGUAUUAUAUCUUCAGUAUUUAAGUCGGAAUAUUUGCCAAUAUAGAGUCAUCCAAAGAAUGCUCGUCAAAGAAGACCAGAAGGCUCACAAACACUUGCCCUCUUCAGGGUAAACUUUGAUCAACUUUAAGUACUUUUGAGAAGUUAGUAAAAUAUUCAUCUUCAAACACUGCCAUUAUGGCACUUAUGAUGUGAUAUUAUGAGGAAUACUUGGUGCAGGUAGACAUGAUAUAUAUGUCAACUUAAAAGUUUACAACUGAGGAUAGAUAGUAUGUUAAUAACAAUAUUUGUACCAAAUAUUUAGAAUUAUAGUGACUACAAUUUUUAAAAUUUAAAAUUUUUAAAAAUUUGUAAUUAUAAUGUUAAUUUAGUUCUCGACAUAUUGUCGUAGAGUGGCUACAACACUAAAACCAUGAAAAUAAUAAUAAUAAUAGUUGCAUGCUUAUAGCAGCAGGUUCUCUUUUAAUUAAGAAUGAUUUUCUAAAAGCAAGGGUUGCUAACCUGUGAAAUGCUCAAUGAUUCUAGAUUAUUGCACUUUGAAACUUGAAUAGUACUAAAUUAUACAACUUUAUCAUAUAAUUAUCUAUGAAAUACCUAUAUUUCUCCAUUUCGUAAACUUGAUAUUUUCACUAGUGAAAAUAACACAUUCGGGGUUUCUCUAUAUAGUGGAAGUAAGAAAAAAUGUAUUUUACGAUAUAAUUUGCUUUCAUAUACAAUUAUAUGAUAAAUAGAAUAUUACAUGGUUGCUUGGAGUUAUGAAUUUUACCUUCUCAUGUUGAAAAUCUCUGAGAUCUUUUCAACACUCAAAGAUAAAAUCCAUAUCUCUGCGCAUCCAUUUAAUGUCCUCUAUAUUAGUACUUUUUUCAUGCUUUGAGUGUUUGAACUCAUUCAGCUCAACUGCAGUUUUUAACUAAAAGUUAUUAUUUUUUAUAAAGGUUAUUAAUAUUAGCAUAUAUUAUUGUAGUUAUUAGAUUAUUAUAAUAGUAAAUCUGUUAUUAUGUUAUCAUUCAUAAAUUAUAGUGGUUUUUAUUGGUCACCCUCUAUUAGGCGGUCACCUAUAUUAACUUCCCAAAAUUUGACUCUAACAUUUACUGUACACUUGACCUCUAUUUAAAAACGGUCACCUCUAUUAAGCGGACGCGGUCACCCUUUUGACUUUCCCAACCAUGCAUUUUCAUUGUUAUUUGCCUUUAUUAAAUGGUCACCUGUUGCAGGAUAAAAAUUCAGGUGAGGGAACGUGAAAAAUAUUACGAAAACAUGAAACAAAAAKCGUCAGUUUACAUUGUAAGUAAUUCUGUAGUUGCAUACUAGAGUGUAGGCGUCGAAUUCUUCUUUGUUUAGUUUCUGCUUUUGCCAACUACAAGAAAGCUGUCAYCUUUAAAUUGAUAUUGUCAAUGAUGCUAAGCCAAGUUAGCGAUUUACUUCGCCAAAUAAAGCUUCAAAGUGCGAAGACACAGACAACCUUCGACGAAUUCUUUCAUUAAACUGUACAGUACAAUUAUCUGUGUAUGUAUUAACUUGUACAGUACUGUUACCUACUGUAUUCUAUUCUACUGUACUUACUGUGUACAGUAUAUCUAUCGUAUAAACUAAACUUAUCAACAUUGUAUUAAGCGUUUAUACUCCUUAAAACUCAGAAGUACAUAACUAUGUACUUCUGUUAAAAAAUAAAACUACAUUACAUUAAAA